AAGUUUGACAUUUUUAGUCACGUGACUUUCUACAACCACGACCACGACAAGUUGCUUGAGCAGAAUGCUGACGGGGAUGUUACGAUGUUACUGUAGGACACCGCACCAAGUUAUCUCAUGAACGAUAUCAGGAGGUGAAAUGAGAGCAGUAGUAACGUUAACACUCGUGUGGUCCUGCACCUGCUUAUCUCUGGUUGGUGGCACUCUGUCCAAAACAGACGGCAAGAAGGCCACCAAGUCACAAGAAUCAGAGUCUGCAGUUGCUGACCGACCGGUUCAACAGCGAGGCCUGGUUGUGACAGACGCCCAAUGGAGGGACAUCGUCCGUGAGGAGAGGCGCUACUGUCCCCAAGCCAUUUCCAAACGCCAGUUCCAAGGUGCAGUGCUUGGCUACAUCACCCCUUGGAACUCCCAUGGCUACGACAUCGCAAAGCUCUUUGGUCCUAAACUGACCUCCGUGUCUCCGGUGUGGCUUCAGAUCAGACGCAGAGGUCCCGAGAGCUACCAUGUCACUGGCCUGCAUGACCAUGACCCUGGCUGGGUCAAAGCUGUUAGAAAAGCCAACAAGAAGAACAAAAUAUUGCCUCGUUUGCUGUUUGACGGCUGGUCCUACCAGGACUACAUGAGCGUACUGGACAGCGAGGAUGAGAUCGAGGAGCUGGGCAGGGAGAUGGUGGACGUUGGAACGACAGAAAAGUUUGAUGGCUUUACGCUGGAGCUGUGGAGUCAGCUGGGAGGAAACAAGCGAAAAGAGCUGGUGCAUCUGGUGACUCACCUGUGUGAGAUUCUGAAUGCUGGGAAGCUGAUUUGUGUCCUCGUCAUUCCACCUGCUGUGGCCCCGGGAACGGGCCAGCCAGGGAUGUUUGGUAGAGAGGAGUUUGAGAAACUGGCUCCUGUGGUGGAUGGCUUCAGCCUCAUGACGUAUGACUACUCCGGUCCCAAUGGGCCCGGCCCCAGUGCUCCGUUGCCAUGGAUGCGCGACUGUGUGCUGCAGCUGGACCCACAGGGCCAAUGGAGGCAGAAGAUUCUGCUGGGCCUCAAUCUCUACGGCCUGGACUUCUCCACUCAAGGAGGGGCAGAUCCCUUACUGGGCGACCGGUACGUUGAGUUGCUGAGGGAGGUGAGACCCAAGCUGCAGUGGGACGAGCAGUCAGGAGAACAUCACUUCAGCUAUAAGAGCAGCAGCAACGGCGUGAAGCAUGUGGUGUACUACCCAACACUCAAGUCCAUGCAGCUGCGGAUGAAGCUGGCCACAGAGCUGGGUACGGGCAUCUCCAUGUGGGAGCUGGGCCAGGGCCUGGACUACUUCUACGACCUGCUUUGAUUGACCAAAGGGACCAAAUGCUCAGAAGGACCAUAUCAGCUGUGUGUGAGCGUGUACGCGUGUGUUUGUGCUUGUGUAUGUCUGUGUCUGCUUGUGUACAUGUGUGUGGAUAUAUGUGUUGCUUUGUUCAGGGAUUACCACACUGGAUAUCAGGGUGGAGCGCCGUGAUGGCAUUCGUAAGACAAAAAAGGAGGAA